CUGAAUGUGAACAUGCCUCUGCACAGUGCGGGACUCAUCGUUGUCAGGCUGGUAAAUAGGGGUGUGUUUGCUCUGCUCCGACAUUGGUUAGCAGCUUGUCACUGUGCAGUCACGUGGUAUCACACGGACGGCCAUGUUUCCGAAACACAAACAACAAGAAGAGCAGCGAGCAGGAGCCAGCAGCAGACACAUACUGAUACCAUAGACUGGUACCACAGACUGAGACCACAGAGUGAGACGCAGGAGGCGAGGGGACUAAUAAUACACACAUACAGAGCGCGAUUCUGUCGAGUAAAUAGGUUUACAGUGUUCACAGAGACCAAUGCAUCCUGGUUGUAGAGGCGCCGCCGUGCAGACAGCCAGCCUGGUAUAAACAGUGAAGUUGUGUAAAAGGAGGAGGACGGGAAAUAAAGGAGUUACCUGGAGGGUGUCCAUCGAUCCACAUUUCAGUUGGAGGGAGAGAAAAAGACACGGAGAGAGAGAGAAAGAGAAAGGAGAAGAGGAGUGCGAGUUGCGUCUGCUCUUGGCAGCUGUUCCAGCAGCCUGUUCAUUGUUUGGGCUGUUAUUUUGUUCCUGUGUUUUCUUUUUGAUGAAUCAGUUCAUGUUUUAAACUUUGAUGUGAGAUAUUACUGCUGUAAAAAAAAGAAAACAAGCAAACUGUUUUAUUGAGUUCCAUUGUUGAUUUCCAAGGUUCAUUAGUUUCUUUUUUUAUGUUCAACAACAUUUUCUGGCUGUGAGUAGGAGGAGCUUCCAUUCUCCAGUGUAUUGUUAACGCCCCUUCCUUAACUAGUUAGGACCUUAUAACCUGGUAUUCCUCAAGCACCUGAAACUGGCAGCUAUUCUCGUUGUGUCUGUGUGUUUGGGGAGCUCCGUGACCACAGCUUAAGCACCACUCAGCCUUCUAGUCACCUAAGCCUAACUAAAGCAAGCCAGUUCCAGUCUGGUCCAGCCCAGUCCAGCCUGCUCCGUUCAUCUGGACAGGAUACUCAGUUCUGUGUGGACGUGAGGAAUAUGACUGCUGAGACUCUUAACUUCGGCCCAGAAUGGCUCCGUGCACUGUCCAGUGGGGGGAGCGUGACAUCCCCCCCUCCUUCCCCCGCCAUGCCAAAGUACAAGCUGGCCGAGUACCGCUACGGCCGAGAGGAAAUGUUAGCACUUUAUAUCAAAGACAACAAGGUCCCCGAGGACAUGCAGGAUAAGGAGUUUGCUGCUAUUCUGCAAGAUGAGCCCAUGCAGCCACUGGCACUGGUGCCUCUCACUGAGGAGGAGCAGAGGAACUUCUCCAUGUCUGUGAACAGUGUGGCGGUGCUAAGGCUCAUGGGAAAAGGGGUGGGUGGGGCCGCCCCAGCUGGAGUGGUCAGAGGACGUGGGGCCACACGAGGUGGUCGAGGACGAGGUCGUGGUGAAGGUGGUUUUUACCAAAGAAGUAUUGAAGAGGCUGAAGUGGGUUUCGGACGCAGUGUGCGAGAGAUCCACCGCAGCCAGAGCUGGGAUGACCGGGGUGAGCGUCGCUUUGAGAAGCCGCUGCGUAGAGAGGUAGGGCGUCCCGGCUUUGAAGAGACUGGAGUUCCCCCAGGUCCUCUGAGGAAGGAGUACGCGAGGGCUGACAGUGAUAACUGGCGCACCCUGCGGGAGGAACAGGAGGAGGAAGAGGCUGAGCCAGGCAGCAGCUGGAGACUAACUGGACCCCGCAGGGAUGCAGAAGGAGGUCCUCGCUCAGCAGGCUGGCGGGACCACGUUGGUCCAGGAGAGGGUCGCCGGAGGAAGUUUGAUUUCGACUUCCGGGACUCUGACGGUCACGGUGGUGGUCGCCGGCGUGCAGGCAGUGAGGGACUGGAGGAUGACAGGGACGGCCUUCCAGAGUGGUGCACAGAUGAGGAGGACGGCGAGAUGGGCACUUUUGACUCCUCUGGAGCUUUUAUGACCAUGAAGAAGGGUGGCAAGGAGACAAUCCUGGAGGAGGAGUUUGAUUUCAAGGGAAUAGAGGAGUUGGAAGAAGAGGAGAGCUUUGCUGACGCAGAAAGGAACGCUAUUGAAGGAGAGAAAGAAAGGGAGAGUAAGGAUAGUGGCUCUGCUGUAGGGGAUGGUGAGAUGAAGCCAGUGUCACCCUCCUCCUCUCCUCCAGUCCACUGUGCCCCUCCGUUCCUGGAACCUCGGUCCAUCAACGCUGGCCUCGCGUUGGAGAACCUCCUUCUCAAUAACAGCCAUGCUGUUAAAGCCAGCAGCGCACCCAGCGAAGACAUGGCUCCGAUAGGGGGCUCCAAGCCGCAGCUGAGCCCAAACGUUGCCGCCUCCUCCAGUCUGCCUCCCCCACCCCCUUCAUCUGCUGCUCCUCUUCUCCCUCCAUCAGGGGGAGACACAGAGGACGAUGAGGGCAUGAAGCACCUGCAGCAGGAAGCAGAGAAGAUGGUGGCGUCACUGCAAGACACUUCACUGGAGGAGGAAUGCUUCACCCAGGCUCUGCAGCAGCAGCAAGAGAGCAGGAACACAGCAGCUGCUCUGCCCCUGUCACACGAGGCGGCUAUGAAGUGGUUCUAUAAGGACCCACAGGGAGAGAUCCAAGGUCCCUUCACCACAGUGGAGAUGUGUGAGUGGUUCCAGGCCGGCUACUUCACUAUGACCCUGCUGGUGAAGCGGGGCUGCGACGAGGGCUUCCAACCCCUCGGGGACGUCAUCAAGAUGUGGGGCCGUGUGCCCUUUGCCCCGGGGCCUUCCCCUCCGCCCCUGCUGGUGAGACAGCCACCACCAACGCAGCGCCCGCAGCCCACCCGGGGGCCCGCCGGGACUGUGAGUCAGAGCUCAGCCAACGUAGAGGAUGGGGAAGGGAGGAUGCAGAGGAGAGGAAAGAUUGAUAGACAGGUUACGGGGAACCUGGACCAGGAGCGCCUGAAAAAGCAGCAGGAGCUUGCCGCAGCAGCUCUGUAUCAGCAGCUCCAACAGCAGCAGCUAUUCCAGCUCAUUAACAGGUGCAGUGAGCCUGGUAUCAUGCCUUCUAUGAACAGAUCGAUGUCAGUGCCAGAUACAGGGUCCAUGUGGGACAUGCAUACCUCAGCUUCACAGCCGUCAGGCGGUGAAGCCAGUCUUUGGGACAUAACAAUGAAUCCUUCUACUCAGGGUCCAACACUCGAACAGCUUCAAAAGCUCCAGCAGGAGAGGCGAGACGCUGAACUCAGGGCAAAGCGUGAGGAGGAGGAGCAGCGCAAGAGGAGGGAGGAGAAGAGGAGGCAACAGGAGGAGCAGAAGAGGAGAGAGGAGGAUGAGCUCUUUAGACGCAAGCAGUGUCGACAGCAGCAGGAACUGAUCAUGAAGUUGCUGCAGGCCCCCCAGCAGCAGGGUCCUGGGGCAGGUGGCUCAGGCUGGAGUGGGGGUCCCUCCUCUGGGCUCACCAAGGCAGGUAAGCCUCAGGCCCUGGCUCUGCUGGAGAUGCAGCAGGAGACAGAGAGGCUCCUAAAGCAGCAGCAGCAGCAGCGAGCCCAGCAGAGAGAACGCCACUGUGGCAUGUCCAUGGGGGGCUCCUCCAUGGGAGGGCAGUGGGCGGAUGCUGUUGGCAUGUGGGGCGGUCCUGGAGGGAUGGAGAGUAAGAGCAGCAGUGGAGGCUCUUCAGGCAGCAUGGGCAUGUGGGACGAGGCUGUGAAGAAUCAGUCCGGCCUGCGUGGCAACAGCAACAAUAACAUGGGCUUGAAGAACAGCCGCAGCAGCCCUUCACUCAGUGAGCAGUACAUGAUGCGACGUAAGCGGACUGAGGAUGAGGAGAAGCUGCUGAAGCUGCUGCAGGGCAUGAAGCCUCAGGACGGCUUCACCACCUGGUGUGAACAGAUGCUGCAUGCUCUCAACACCUCUGCCAACAACUCUUCCUCCUCUGUGGAUGUUGCCACAAUUGUGGCGUACCUGAAGGAGGUGGAGUCUCCCUAUGCAGUGCUGGACUUCAUCCGGUCCUACCUGGGGGACACAGUGGAAGCCAAAGAGUUCGCCAAACAGUUUCUGGAGCGACGUGCCAAACAGAAAGCCAACCAACAGAGACAGCAGCAGCAGUUAUCAAAGGAAGUGGCUGGAAUGAACAUGAACUUCCCUCUGCAGGACUCAAUGCGAGGUAUGAAUCCAAGCACCCUGCAGUCCAUGUUUCAAGCCAACCACAUGAGCAAGGCUGGGCUCUAUGACAACCAGGGGGGAAAGAUGAAGAAGAAACAGCCCAUGAUGCUGCACUCUGAUCCCAGCAUCUUAGGGUACUCAUUCCACAAUGCGGGCGACUGUCUGAGCCUGAAUGAGAUGGAGAUGGUGGAGGAUUACUGAUGUGAUGCAGCGCAGCAGCAAUAGCUACCUGAGGCCUUCUGUCUUUUAAUCAGACAAACCUGAUGACGAAUGUGCACUGCUGGGGGAACCAGGGGGUGAAGGGUAGGAAGGGGAGCUAUUGUAAGGGGAGGUGUAGUGUGAAGGUGCCUGGAAGUGCGCCUCCCACUCUUUCCUUACCUCUGGGAAGAAUCAAAGGGCUCCCUGCUGUACCAGUUGAUCACUUGAGCAUGGGAAAGGGGGGUGAGAAGGGGUAAGGUUAAAAAAAGAUGGGUAUCCUCUGGCACUCAAAAGAUUAAGCACCUUAUACUGAACUAAUGCACUUUAUUGAGAUGGGAUUUGAUAGUUUUUUUCUUAGGUGUGUGUGUGUGUGUCUGUGUGUGCAUACAUGUGUGUGUGAGUGCGUGCGUGCGUGCGUGCGUGUGUGUGUGUGUGUUGAGAAUGAGUGCACAUACACACGAUCUGUGUGCGUGUGCUGUGGAACUGGAAGGGGUGGAGAAACAGUCGGUGGGGUGAAUGGUCGGGAUGUUAGGUUUUCAAAGUCAGGGGGACCUUUAGUUGAAACCUUAUCAGAGAGCAGAUCCUUUCUCAAAAGACAAACACUGUUGAUAUUUCUCUUGUUUAGCAUUUUUUUACGUUUAUAUAAAAAGUAAAGCUAUUGAAAAAUGGAUUAUAAAAAACUUGAAGAUUUGCACUUGCCUAAAAAAGAAAUAACAAAAACCACAAAAAAAUCAAACAAAUGGGGUUAGUGAUAGAAGUGAAUAUUUUUUUGAAUGUGUCUGAAUGACUGAGAGUAACUGAUGAGUGAUGGUUAGUUUGUGUCAGUAAUAUACGAGUCUGCACAAUGGUUUGUUUUCUUCAUUUGUGUUGCUUACCAAGAUGUAUGGAACAUAAGAGGCCAUUUUUGUCUUUUUGUUCAGAUGGUGAUUUUGUAUUCUCAUGUUCAGAGUGUGUGUCCCUUCUCCAAACAGGGACUGUGUAUGAGUGAAAGUGAAUGAGAGAGAGAGAGGCCAAUUGCACAAACACAUCCUUUCUCUCACCAGCUUUUCAUCCCCAGAUAGGCGAAAUAGAAAUGCAUACAUUUGUAAAUGUUAGCUUUGCGCUCAUGACAUGAUGACCACCACUAGUUUAUUUCCCUUAGCUUCUCCACACGGGGAUCUAUCUGUCUGUAGACCUGCGAGGACGAGCAGACAGGGCAAAUCAUGAGGGACAUUACUGUGUGUGCAUCAGAGUGAGACUUUGAGUGCGUGUUUUCAGUGUGCAUGAUCAUUUACUGUUCAUAGAAAUGAGUUAAGACUACAGGUACUCAUUUUGUAUACAUGUGCUUUUUUUGUAUGUGUAUGAAUGCACAUUUGUGCCUAAGAACUCUGAUAGGGUGCGUGGCCAUUGAGACAUUAACUCUUUUUUGAGAGCGAGUGUGACGUGUGUCAGUGCUCAGCACAGUGUAUGUAAGUUAUAUCGUAAAUAUUUCUUGUUCAGUCUAGGUGUGAUCCAUCAGAAGGUUAGUCCAGUCUGUGUUCCUGGGAUGUGAUCACGUUGCCUUCUGUCAGCUCUCGAACUUGUGAAUGAAAGGUGUCGAGUUUCUGACUCUGAAAAAAAAAUACAGCAUCUUAAUGUGCAAGUGCACAGAACGGUGCAUGAAAUGUUAGCAUAUUGUGUUACUUAUUCGUUGUUGCAAUUUGAUAAUGACGAGUUUUGUUUUUUUUAAUGAAAAAUAUAUAUGAAUAUAUACAUUAUAUACAAAGUUUAAAAAGUAUUUGGACUAAGAUAAUGAGCACUUGGGGCUGCUAUUUUUUGUUGUGUUUUAAUUUUUUUCCUUAAUUUGUUUUUCAUUUUGUUUUAUUAUUGCCAUGUGAAGUGUGUAUUUUUUCUUUUCUUAAGAAAAUAUUGAAUGUAUUCCAAAAAAAUGACAAGAAACCCGUGCUGAUACCAGAUAUUAUUUUUUUCCUCAGAAGAUUUCAAAAUACAAAAAAAGCUUCAAAGAGUUUAUGGAAGACUUUUUUUACACAGUGGAGAAGAAAAAAAACCGUUGGGAUGGAUUCAGUUGAACACACUGCCUCUACAAUCCUGGUCGUACAAAUAAUGACUGAGAAUGAAAGGACGGACUCUUUCGAUUCCAUACUGGAGCUUUGGUUGUUUACAAACCACAUGGAUAUCUGUGGGUGCAGUUCUUUGAUUUUGUUUGUUUUUUUUGUUGUUUUUUGUUCCCACAUAAACAAUGGGUGGGGUUUGCAAGUGCGCUUCUGCCAUUUGGACAUUGAGUGGUGUUGGUUUGAGGAGGAGCUUCAGGCGGUGCAACAACAUGGACAAGAUCCUUUAACUGGACUUAAUAAGUGUGUGGUAGUGGAGCCUGAAACACGCUGAUCAAACACGGAGUGGCGGUGUGAAAAUCAAGGCUGAGCCGUUUUUUUGGACGACGGCGUGCAGGGCUGCAAAACCCUGGAGGGAACUUAGAGGGUGGUACGAGUACACCUGGUUAGUGCACUUGUCUUCACCUCAGCCCUCGUGAGCACUCGCACCCUGCCCUCACCAACUCACCUAUGCACUUUUGUUCAUUCAAGCUGUGAGGUACCUUUUUGGGGAUGGGAGCACAAUUACAACAGGAGGAUUGCGAUGACUUUGACAAAGUCACUGAAAAAAAUAUUCCCAAACUGAAAUAAGAGACUUGAGAAGCGUUGUCUUCUCCACCUCCUGUAUAUAACCAUAUUUUUGUAUUAUCUGUCAGAGUAGAGAGGAAUUUGAAAAAUGGAUGAAGGAAAAAUUCAUGGGACAUUGCUUAAAUGGAGUGAAUGUUCUUCAAGAAAACCAAUCUCUUUUUGAAUCUAGUUUGAGAUAGACUUGCUGUGAGUUUCCCUUAGUUUGUCAGUAACCCUGUAAUAAUUAGGGCUGGAUGGGAAAACCACGUGGAUACGGACUGAGGUGUCAGCUCAAAGACUAACUGAUGGCUACUUAUCAAAAUGGAUGUUUUUGCAGUUGCUAUAAAGAACCUCAUCUUGAGUGUUUGAUCAACAUGCACAGUGAAGAGGCAGACGUGGGUUUGAAGACCUAUCAGCGAGGAUGCUUCCACUCGGUCUACCAACCUGAUGACUGUCUCCAUGCUGUGAGGAGGCUGCAGAAGGAACAAUCCUUGGCAUUGGAUUCUGGCUGUGCUUUAUUUGCUGCCCUCUGCGAGGAGGAUCUUAUCUACAGCCAACCGAUGAACCAAGUUAACCCUUACUCUGUCUUUUGAACUUAACCCUAAGAAACUUUCCUGUCUGGAGUCGGACUGGGCAAGCCAGUGGCAUUAUCAGUUGGAUAGUUACCAGAUGACGUUGCAGCUUAUCGACCCGCCUGCGUUGGGAGUGUCAUGUUUGGGAUUCCAACGGCGAGGACGAGGAUAAAGAGGCAUUACUUGCCCGUUGACCGUCAAACCAUCAGUCGGUUGUGUGGACUUCUUCGAACCAGCAGGACGGAAGAUUUGCCCUCGUAUCCAGACAGCAGAGACUGAGUGCCGGGUUGGAUUGCAGCGAGGUGGAUGGAUGAACUGAAAACUUUGUACAAAAAAAAACAAACAAACUUUGAAACAUGACAAAACACAAACACGAACCUACAUGUCAGAGUCUAGAUUCUGAAAGAAGUGGCAGACACACUACAUGCACACCUACAGCAGAACAACAUACACUCACAUUGGAUCUCUCUAAGAACCAUGUCUGCACACCUAACAGGGCUACAUCAAUGUCAGAACACACACACACACACACACACACACACACACACACACACACACACACACACACACACACACACACACACACGAACACACACACACACACACACACACACACACACACACCGAGGCUCGUCAGUAUAAGCGUUGAGCUGUGUAAAUAAUGUAAAAGUUUGUGUUUUGAUUUUUCUCUCAUAGUGGUUUUGCUUUGUUUCUCUGUUGAACAUGCCUUAAAUUGUAUAGUUCAGACCUGAUGGCUAACUGAAAACUGUUGAUGAAUUUAAGUUGAGUUCACCUUGAUGACUGUCCUCUGAAGUCACAGAGAGAGAGGAGCUUUGGAGAGACAGUCUUCUGUAUUAACCUGCUUUACAAACCACCUCCAGAGUUGCUAGUUGGCUCCAGAAUAGAGCGGCGAGCGAUCCUGGAUUAAUCUCAUUUUGUUGGUGGUUGGCUUUUGUUGCCCUUUUGGUUUCCUUUGAAUGAAGAGUGGAUUGUUCAGAUUACCUGUCGAGAUUUUUGCUGAAGGUUCAGGCUUGAUAAAGGGCUGAAGUCUGUACCGUGUGGAGCUGAGCUGACUGGGUGAAUGAAAAGAAUUGCCUCAAAACACAGAUUCUGUCUGUGCCAUUACUAUUGUUGGAUGUACUGCACUUGACCAAACUGAUUCUGAGCAACAGGACCUCUCUGAGAACCAGGGUUCACGUCUAACACUCCUGGGUGCUAAGAGUUUUGGAAACAGGCUGGUACUAGAAGCCGGAUUAGAGGGGCAGGUUAGUAUAUAAGUGUGUGGGUUUGACACUAAACCUCGUGGUGGGUCUCUACCUGUCCUCGUUUGCCUCUGCUCUGUCUCUGCAGCCGGUCGUGCUGCUGAUGGUCUCUGAUGGCACUGAAUAGUCGAGGUAUUCGGUCAGAUGUGAGUUGUGUGAAGGGAUACUCCAUGCACCGAUCAUUCUUAAGGGUCUUGUUCCACACACGCGCACACACACACACACGUUGAAUUUGAGAGAUUACCGCUUUUAGUCAUCUGAUAGUUGACUUUCUAAACUUGAUAACGAAACAGAUUUUAAUCCAUUGGCAACUGAUCUUUGAAUAUCAUCCAUUGAGGCUUUGAAUGUGUGAACCGUUGUUUCAGCUGUAGCUAUAGCUAACUUUGAAAAGUAGAGCUGUUGACUUGAUGCUGAGUUGUGGUUACUAACUUUAGAGUUAUUGUAAUCAGUUGCCAAAACACAUAAAUUGACUUUAACCAUAUAGUAUUCAACCAAGUCUCUUGUUUCUGAAUGACUUUAAAAUACCUAUGUUUGACAUUUUUAAUGACUAAUAUUGUGUGGUGUUGCUUAUUGGUAAGUCAGUGUCUUUAAAGAGUAAACUGAAGUUUCUGCAGUUGAUUAAACUGCACUACACUUGCUUUUAUGACUACAUAGACGGCCUCAGGCGUGAUCUCCUGUUGCUCUGCGAUGUUCCGUAUAUCAUCAGGUUUACUUCAGCUCUGUCAGCUGCGUCUCCAACAAUGCUGCAAAAAGCAAAUACCACAGUGAUGUUCCCGUCAGCUCAGCUCCACAGAUUCAUGAGAAUGAAUGUUGUUAAAAACACAGCAUACAUACAAUGAAACUUUUGAACAAGAACAAUGAAAGAUGUGUAAAUAGUUUUGUUUGUUUGAAGAACAAAAUAAAUAUGAAUAAACGGCAUUUAGACUUGA